GCCGGACCGCCAUUUUUCCAGUCUGCGCGGAGAGGCGGACACAGGACAUCUUCCUCAGCUACCAUCGUUCAAUUCCAGCAGUGACCUCUUACCGCCGACAUGCUGUCAGUCCGCGUAGCCACCACCCUUGCUCGCACCCUGCCUCGCCAGGCAGGAGUGGUGUCCAAGAAAGCUCUUGGGGCAGCUUUUGUUGCUACAAGGAACCUCCAUGCCUCUGGAGCAUGGCUUCAAAAGACCGGGACUGCCGAAGUGUCCUCCAUCCUGGAAGAGCGCAUCCUCGGUGCCGACAUCAGCGCUGACCUAGAGGAGACCGGACGCGUGCUUUCCAUCGGUGACGGUAUUGCCCGUGUCUACGGCCUCAGGAACGUCCAGGCAGAGGAGAUGGUGGAGUUCUCCUCUGGACUGAAGGGCAUGUCCUUGAACUUGGAGCCUGACAACGUUGGUGUUGUGGUGUUCGGUAACGACAAACUCAUCAAGGAAGGUGAUAUUGUGAAGAGAACUGGAGCAAUCGUGGAUGUACCUGUAGGUGAAGAGCUUCUUGGCCGUGUUGUGGAUGCCCUGGGUAAUGCCAUUGAUGGCAAGGGCCCUCUUGGCGCAAAGAUCCGCAGGAGAGUGGGUCUGAAGGCCCCAGGAAUCAUUCCCCGUAUCUCCGUGCGGGAGCCCAUGCAGACUGGUAUUAAGGCUGUGGACAGUCUGGUGCCCAUCGGCCGUGGCCAGCGUGAGCUGAUUAUUGGAGACAGGCAGACCGGAAAAACCUCAAUUGCUAUUGACACAAUCAUCAAUCAGAAGAGGUUCAACGAGGGCACCGAUGAGAAGAAGAAACUGUACUGUAUCUACGUUGCCAUCGGUCAGAAGAGGUCCACAGUGGCUCAGCUUGUCAAGAGGCUGACUAAUGCAGAUGCCAUGAAGUACACCAUCGUGGUGUCCGCCACAGCUUCUGAUGCUGCUCCACUGCAGUACCUGGCCCCAUACUCCGGCUGCUCCAUGGGAGAAUACUUCAGAGACAACGGAAAGCACGCCCUGAUCAUCUAUGACGAUUUAUCCAAGCAGGCUGUGGCUUACCGUCAGAUGUCUCUGCUGCUGCGUCGUCCCCCCGGCCGUGAGGCUUACCCCGGUGAUGUCUUCUAUCUGCACUCCCGUCUGCUGGAAAGAGCAGCCAAAAUGAAUGACCAGUUCGGCGGCGGCUCCCUGACUGCUCUCCCUGUCAUCGAAACACAGGCCGGCGAUGUGUCCGCUUAUAUUCCAACAAACGUCAUCUCCAUUACUGAUGGACAGAUUUUCUUGGAAACUGAGCUGUUCUACAAGGGUAUCCGACCUGCCAUCAACGUUGGUCUGUCUGUGUCCCGUGUAGGUUCAGCUGCUCAGACCAGAGCCAUGAAGCAGGUGGCCGGUACCAUGAAGCUGGAGCUGGCCCAGUACCGUGAGGUUGCUGCUUUCGCCCAGUUCGGUUCUGAUUUGGAUGCUGCCACUCAACAGCUCCUGAACCGCGGUGUGCGUCUGACUGAGCUGCUGAAGCAGGGACAGUACGAUCCCAUGGCCAUUGAGGAGCAGGUCACCGUUAUCUAUGCUGGUGUGAGAGGCCAUCUGGAUAAGAUGGAGCCCAACAAGAUCACAAAAUUCGAGAAUGCUUUCCUUGCUCACAUCAAGAGCCAGCACCAGGAACUUCUUGCCACCAUCAGGGCCGACGGAAAGAUCACCGAGCAGACGGACGCCAAGCUGAAAGAAAUCGUCGUAAACUUCCUCUCUACAUUCGACGCAUAAACGCCCGACUCGGCACUGUUUUUUGAUGUCCACGUUCCUGCUUAGUCUCCGGUUCCAUUUGAGCUAAACUUAUUAAAGCACUUGUGCUUUUAAUGUACAGAAUUUUCUCUAAAGGAGAGUAAAGUGUCCCAUAAAAACACA